AUGAAAUCAAUUAUAAAAUUGAUAUUAUUUUUAACAUUUGUUAUUACUAUUGUUCAUAGUCAUUCAUCUAUAUCAAUUGCAAACAAGAUUAAAAUAGAUACAAAUUUGGUUGAAGAUGUAAAAGGAGUAAUAACAUGUGACCUAUGUCUAGUAGUAGUUAAAACAGUUCAAGCAAUGCUUCAAACUGAAACUGGUCAACAAGAUGUACUCAAAUAUUCUGUAGAUACUUGUGUAUUAUUUAAAAUUGAAAAACCUGAAGUUUGUGAAGGAUUAUUACCAUUAUUUUCAAAUGAAACAUUUGAUAUAGUAGGGAAUAAAAGUUAUUCACCAGAAUAUUUAUGUGGAUUUGUAGGGAUUUGUCCAUUUACACCAAAGAAUUUUAGUGGAGUGGUAGAGUUUCCAAAACCAAAGCCACCUCAUGUCGAUCCUGUACCACCUAAAAAGGGUGGACCAUCGGCCACUAUACUUCAUCUAAGUGACCUUCAUGUGGAUACCAUGUAUGUGGCUGGUAGUAACAAUGAUUGUGGAGAGCCUAUUUGUUGUCGUGCUCAUAAUGGUAUGGGUAGCGGACCGACUGCUGCCGGCUAUUGGGGAGACUAUCAUUGUGAUGUAAACAUGCCAACUCUGAUUAGCAUGUUGGAACACAUUGCAAGCGAGCAUACAAUCGAUUAUAUCCAAUGGACUGGUGAUAAUGUACCACACGACAUUUGGAUGCAAACCAGAGAAACUCAACUCAAUGCAACUCAUCAUCUCACCAAUCUCAUCAAACAAUACUUUCCGGGUGUACCAGUUUUCCCAUCGAUUGGAAAUCAUGAGGCCGUUCCAGUCAAUGCAAUGCAAUUGCCUCCAAACAGUAAUUGGUUGUUUAGUGCAUUGACACAGUAUUGGGGUGAAUGGUUAGAUGAUGAUGCAUUGUCUACAUUGGAUUUUGGUGGUUACUAUACCGUCAUGAUGCCACCACCUCUUCAAAAUACUAGAAUGGUAUCAUUAAAUAUGAAUUGGUGUAAUGAUCAAAAUCUAUAUCUUUUGGCCGAUAGUACAAACCCUGCAGGUAUGAUUACUUGGUUGGUCAACACUCUUCAAGCAGCUGAAGAUGCCGGUCAAAAGGUUUAUAUCAUCGGUCAUAUUCCACCAGGUAUCUCUGAUUGCGUUGAUGUCAUCUCUCAACAACUCUAUCAAAUUGUUAAUCGUUAUGAAGACAGUAUCGUCGCUUCAUUCUAUGGUCACACUCAUCGUGAUGGAUUUGAAGUUUAUCGUACCAAUGAUACUACUAAUCGUCCCUCUGGUGUAGUAUAUAUCACUCCAUCCACAACCACAUUCCAAAAUCAAAAUCCUUCUUAUCGUAUUUAUACUGUUGAUAUUGACUCGUCGUAUUUGGUUGAAUCAUCAACCUAUCAUAUUGACUUGGAUCAAGCAAAUCAAGCAGGAAAUAGUUCAUUACCAAUUUGGAAACUUGAAUACAAUGCAACCGAUGUCUACCAAAUGGAUAAUCUAUUUGCUCAAGAUUGGCAAGACGUCAUCACUCGUUUCUCUACCAAUCAUACAAUGCUAACAGAUUAUUAUAAUCGUAUUUAUUCCUCGAGUCCAUAUCCAAUCGCUAAUCCAUGUACUUCCAAUACUUGUAUUCAACAUACUCUUUGUGAAUUGGAAUCUACUUUUUACUAUCAAUAUAAAGCUUGUAUAGUAAAAUCUUAUAAUAACAACUUAAUUAGUUUAAUUAAUCAUUAUGAAUUUAUUAAUCAUCAAAAACAAGUUUGUUAA